AUGUUUGAAGCUUCUAAGGAAGCCAUGGAGGAUUUCCACAAAGAAAAUCCAUAUUUCAUUGAGAUGAAAGAUGCCCUACUCAAAAUUCAAAUUCUCUUCAUGGAAAUCCAAAACCAUGAGGAAACUGAAGAAGAGAAGGAACAUUUCAUCAUUCUGCAUCAAGUUUUGGACAAAAGACAGUCUCAGGAGUUUGAGAGGAUUUGGAAGUUGAAUAGACUGGACCACAAGUCCAAGGUUGAAGAACUGUGGCUCAUUGAAAAUGAAAUAAAAAUCAAAUUCCAAAGAUAUCAUGAUUUCCUCAGAUUUGCAUACAAUCAUGAUCCCAUCAAUGAGUUUUGUUUUCCCCAGCAGGUACAACAUAAAAUCAAGCAUUUGAGAACUAAAAUCAAGUUCUUCCAAGAACUAUAUGGUUACUUCUAUGUCUAG